AUAUGACGUAAUCAAAUAUCUUAACACAACCCCUAACUUCAUUUAAAUUCAUAAUUUCAUGUAAGCCUACACUUUUCAGUAACAUACAUGUCGUUUUAAAAUUGAGGUAUUGCUUUCUCAAUUCCUCUUUGUAAAAUAUAUAACAGUUUGCUUACUUUUUUAAAAAAUAACCUACUAUAUAUAUAUUCAUUAUCAGCUGUUGAACCCUUUGAAAUAGUAAAAGUAAUAAUGUGAAAAUUUUAUUACCAAUUAAUUAAUUUUAAAUGAUAUGGCACAAUUAAACUCUUUCUUGCCCGAACCAAUAGAUGAAAAUGAAGAAGCGGAGCGGUUGUACUUUUUAGAAAGGAGGUGCAAUCUUCUGAAGAGGAGUGGAAUAAUAGAAAAACUACAUACAGUGUUUAAUGGCAAACCUAAUAACAGCAAGUAUCCAAUUAAAAUCUAUACAAAAAAACGUGAAGUCCAAAACAGAGAUCUCACUGCUACUGAGGACAACCUUAAAAAUGAUACAACUGAUAGAGGCCAAAUUAUUCUAAGAAGAUCAUCAAGGCUGAGAAGAAAAGAUGUAGAAUCAAAUGGAAAUAAUGAAAAUGACACCAAACCACCUCAGAAAAGCAUCCAUACCAUACAAGAAAUAAGGAAAAUAAACUCAAAGACAACAGGAAAAAGCAAGUGAUGUAUAAAACAAUCUGUUUAGUGAUGCCUAAAUGUGUUGUAUAUAAAAAAAAUUAUGUUUUUUGAUUUAUAAAUAAAAUUUUCGAGGCAAAAUUAAAUUAAUGCCAUGGUUCAAAGACAA